CCAGCAGCCAGAGAACAGUCAAACCGGGAAUUGUGGUUGUUUUCCUGAAAAACAUUAAAACAUUUUGCACUUCUAGAAUUAAUGGACGGUUUGUAUGGCUAUGGAGGGGUCGAAAACGAAUCGUCUUUAUUGUCAAUCAUCCAGCGACUGAAUCUUACAUCUGUUUAGGAGGCACGUUAAUGUGUUAGAGACAAUAGAGGGACCAAAAAAUAAUAACGUGGCGGCUAGAUUGACCGUGCUUUUCUGCUUGGCGGCUGGCUUAACCGCAGUAAAAAAAAAAGCUCUUGAAGGGACUUGUGGAUGUCAUACUUAAACUAACUCAAGUACGGUCCAAAACUUACACCUUUCCAAUAAUGGCAGUUCAAAGUGGUUACUCCAUUAACUCGACUGCGGACGACCAGGACAGUGACACUGCACCACUUCUAGAGAAGGAAGUGGAAAAAAUCACAGUGCCUCCCAAAUGCUGCUCUGUACGAUGCAAUCUGGCUACUAUGAUGUUCUUUGGCUUUGCUGUGGUCUAUGGUCUACGUGUAAAUCUCAGUGUUGCCAUGGUUGCUAUGGUUAAUGACACCAAUUACCAGUCAUCACCCGAUAGCAAUAUAUCGAACGAGUGUCCAGUAUCCACCCAUACACUUGACAACAGCAGCCAAAGUUCAGAACAGCCAGAUGGGAUUCCAAGAUACCCAUGGGAUCCCAAGACGCAGGGAAUGCUGCUCAGUGCUUUCUUUUUUGGAUACCUGUUUACUCAGAUCCCGGGAGGCUACCUUUCAGGACGCUUUGGAGGAAGCGUGUUCCUUGGUGGUGGUGUGCUUGGAACAGCCGUCCUCACUCUCCUUACUCCACUGUCUGCACAACUUGGAGCCAAGUGGCUGUAUGCCUUGCGUGCACUUGAGGGAUUUGGGGAGGGUGUGACUUUUCCUGCCAUGAUGGCGAUGUGGGCCCGCUGGGCUCCUCCACUGGAGCGGGCUCGUCUGAUGACGUUCUCAGGUGCAGGCUCUAGCUUUGGGGCCUUUGUGGCUCUUCCUCUCACUGGCUUCAUCUGCCAUAGUCUGGGGUGGCCAGCGGUCUUCUACUCCUGCGGAGGUGUCGGGUGCCUCUGGGCAGUGUUUUGGUUUAUCUUGGUGUCAGAUGAACCCCGAACUCACCCAAGAAUUAGUGACAGAGAGAAAUAUUACAUAAUUAACUCAAUAGGUUCACAGGGGAUGCCUCAUGGUUGGUCAGUGCCUGUAUUAUCUAUGCUGUUCUCUGUGCCUCUUUGGGCCAUAAUCAUCUCACAGAUGUGCUCUAACUGGUCUUAUUACACUCUCCUCACCUCACUUCCUACCUAUAUGGACACUGUGCUCCACUUUGAUUUGCGACAGAAUUCGUUCCUCUCAGCUCUGCCGUACCUGGCUGGAUGGCUGUUCUCAGUGGGCUCAGGGGUGCUUGCAGACAACCUCCUGGAGAGGGAGCUCCUGAGUGUCACAGCUGUCCGAAAACUCUUUACUUUCAUUGGUCUGUUUCUUCCUGCUGUUUUCCUGCUUGCUGUAGGCUUCACGGGUUGUAGCGGUGUGCUGGCUGUGACAUUUCUCACUUUGUCCAGCGCAUUUGGGGGUUUCAGUGCUGCUGGUGUCUUCAUUAACCAGAUUGACAUUGCUCCACGGUACGCAGGUACACUUCUAGGAAUCACAAACACUUUCGCGACCAUCCCUGGAGUUCUUGCACCAAUUGUAGUGGGUUACUUGACCAAAGAUUACUCAGUUACAGGAUGGAGACACGUGUUCUGGUUGUCUGCAGGGGUGAGCGCCUUUGGAGCCAUCUUUUACGUGAUCUUUGGCACUGGAAAGAUUCAGAGCUGGGCGAGGACAGAUGAGGAAUCUGACACAGAUACACACAAUUAAACAUUCCAGUUGACCAAUUCAGAGGGAUUGGAGUUUUAUCCUAUACUCAAAACAUGCUACCAGUCAGAAGUUUGGACAGACUUCAUACUUUUUCAUGAUUUAAAAAAAAAGAAGUGUUAUUCUAAAGACCAAUAUUAUAUAUUUAAAUAUAUAAAUAUAUAUUUUUUAAAUAAAUGGACCAGAUAGUGACAUUUUUUUUAAGUCAGUAUAUAAUUCCCAUAAGUGUUACUUUAUAGCUAUGAUUACUGUUUAAAAAAGAAAAAAAAAAAAGAGUAGCAUGUCCAAACUUCUGACUCUGAUAGAAUUAAUACAGUUUCACUCAGGGUUUUAAAGGGAAAAUUUGAAGUGCCUUAACAUGUGUAGUUUAUUAGUCGGGCAAUAUUUAUUAACUGCUGAACAGUUCAGAAUUAAUCAUAAUACAAUGGAAUGGAAAAUUCAGAGUAAUUCCAUGUCUUCAUUUCAUUCAAUCUUAAUCUCAUUGAAUUUAAAAAUAUACUCUGGACUCUAUACUAACUUUCAAGCAAGUGUAAUGUUUACUACAGUGGUGAAACAGAAUAGAUUUAGGGGUUAUAUCUAAAUGUAAUUACAUUUGAAAAUACAUGUUAAUAAGCACUUGAAUGCAUUAAUAAUUGCUAAUGAAGUAACUGUAGUCCAUUAAUUGUGUCAUUCAGUUCAGCACUCAGUUUAUUACAGAUUUACUGACAGAUACAGUCGGACAUGGUACAUUAUUGUUUUGAGUUUUUACAUUAAGCUAAUGCACAGUUUAAUUUUUACAUGUUUGGUAAGCAGCUGCAGAUAUUUUCCUUUUUUUUUUUUUUUUUUACAAGCUUUUACAAUAAAUUUGACUUAAUGUUUAUUUAAAACACUCAAAGUGUCAUACAUUAAUUGAGUCACAAUGGCCAGCACUUUUUCUUUUUUUGAAAUGGCAUGAAUAUCUCAAUGCUGAAAAUUGCCCAGUAUUUCUAUUUCAUUUUUUUACAAUAAGUCAUAUUCAUUUGAUCAUGCUCAAUAAAUAACAUUGAAUUUG